AUGGCAUAUUUCAAGAUGAUAGUAGUCGUUGCUUUAGUAGCCGCUGUAUGGCAAUACGCUAGCGCUGGAGGACAUCAUGGAGGUGGACAUGGCCAUGCCCAUUCGUUUGCCCACUUCCAUGGCCCAGUUGUGGGACCAGGAGAGCCAGUCCAUGUUGGCCAUGGUCACGGCCAUGGACACGCCAUCGACUAUGUUGCCCACCCUAAGUACGAUUAUGCGUACGGCGUCACCGACCACAAGACUGGAGACUCACACGGACAAAAGGAAUCCCGUGAUGGUCACAAGGUUGUGGGUGAGUACUCCCUGAAGGAGCCCGGCGGUAACAUCAGGACCGUCAAGUAUUUUGCCGAUAAGGACGGCUUCCACGCCCACGUCAUCAACAGCAAUGGCAAUGACCACUCCGGAGCUCAUCACGGACAAGGCUACUAA